UCAAAAAAGUGUUUCACAAAGGAAGAGGUAAUGAUUUUUUUAAAUUUAAUAGAAGCAAACAAAAUUAUCACCAGCAAAUUAACAAAUGCAAGGUGUAAUUCUCUAAAAGAGGAAGCCUGGAAAAUAGUUACACUUAAAUUUAACAACUCCAUCUCGAGUUACCCUCGUACAACAGAACAGUUGAAGCUUAAGUGGGACAAUUUAAAAAAGUCUGUUCGAAAAAGGAUUCAUAAUCUCAAAAUGGGUAUAGAAGUUCCUGAAUUUAUGCAAAACGAUGAAUGUUUGGAUAGAGUAGAUGCUAUUUUAAAUUCAAAGUCUGACGAGACAGAUCUGCCUUGUGAUGGUGGAAUUUUUGACACAACCAUAAGUGAAGAUGAAAAUUAUUCUAAGAAACUUAUUUGGCUACCUGAAUCUGGAAUGAAAAGAAAAAUUAACCCAUCAAAUUCAAAUAUUGUUAAACCAAAAACCUUAAAAAUGAGGCAUAAUGAAAUAAUGUCAAGGAUUACAAGAAAUAAGAAUAUUGCAGAUUAUUAUUUAUAUAAAAGGAAACAAAUUGAAGAAGAGUUAACGGGAGCCAAAGAGAAGUUAAAAUUAGAGUUAACUAUUUUAGAUAUGCAAAAAAGAAAACUGGAAUUGGAAAUAGAAGAAUUAAAAAGUAAAAAAGUAGUACUUAAGAUAUCUCCAGAGUAAAAUUAUCAUUACAGUAUUAAAAAUACAAUAAAGUGAAAAAAUAAUUUAUUUAAUAAAUUUUAAAAUUUUUCUGCAUUUAUCUUUUAAUGAGAUAACGAAUUUUUGUUUUAAAGUUAUAAGAUAGCAGAAUUAACGUUAAUUAAAUCCUUUAAUUUCUGGAAUAAGAAAGUAAAUGUAAAUAUUGUCUUUAAUAUACGAAUUUGAGCAAU